AUGGAGCGGCAGAUGCGCUCGGUUCCGGGCUGGCAGCCGCUGGAGGAGCCCCAGGCGGUGCUGCCCACCGCCCUCGACAUGCCGGAGGACGCGGCUUUGGCGGCGCGUCGAAUCGACGCGCUCAUCAUCGGCGUCCUCACCGUCGGCCUGGCCGUCGUGGCGGCAACCAUGCCAGUGGCGUUGGUCUUAUUGGCACCCGCGGGUGGAUCUUCGAGAGUGCCACGCACCAAGAGGUGGAGAGCUGGGCACCGUGGGAUGCCUCUCGCUUGGUGUCCUCUUCAAUUACUCCCGCUCUCGGCAGGCGAAGUGGCACAGGAGCAGAAGGACGAGGAGGAGUUCGAGAUGCAGCUGGGGCCACUUAAGACCCUGGUCUUUGCAGUCUAUUAUGUCUGCAAUAUACUCUUCUUGUUGGCUCUGACGUCCUGGUCCAAAGCGGAGAAUCUGAUGCUGGGCGGGGCAGGGCUGGACUGGGAGGUCAUCUGGCUCUGGUUGGUUGUCGUUCUUGCUACGGACGUGGUGGGGUACCUUUUCCGCGCGGUGCAGGCGGCGUGGAUGAAGCGCCAGAUCAGUGUCACAGACCCUGCGCUCUCCAUCGUCAUGAGUGUCUUUCCCGUUCUGGGGCCGAGGGUGGACUUGCUCAAGGAUUGUCUGUUUGCUGGCGCCGUGUUUCAGCUCGCGGCCUGCCAAGCGGACGACUCAUUGAGACGCACCGCAGGCUUCUUGGUUGGGAACGCAGCCCUCCUCACCAUUUUCCUGCCGGCACCGGCCUUGUUCUGGUUCGCAACGACCAGGAGGGACCUUGCGGCUGAGUUUUGGCCGGCCUUGGUUGCACGCCUUCGGGUGAAGAAGGAGCACCCGCCGCGAGCGGUGGAGGUGUCGCACCCAGGGCAGCGCCUGAAAACGCAGCGCCGACGUGUUCUUGUGAGCGCAUGGCAGGAGCAGUUGGAAUCGGAUUCUGGCGGGGAGGAAAAGUCAGCAGAGGUCUCGCCCCCCCAGGCAGAAAAGUCCUUGUAUCAGAAGGCGCCCUUCCCAGGGUCUCGCACAUCGCAGGUCCCAGCUCUUGCUUCGGUGUAG